GUAGCAGCUCUAUCUAUUUGUAGUGGAAAUGGGCUUUUGCUGAAAGGUGGGAGGGAAGCCAAGCACAGUAAUAAGCUUCUGUUUUCUCUGGUUCAGGAAGCUCUUGAGCCAUAUGCACCAGUAGAAACAGUAGCAUUGGUAAGUCGAAGAGAUGACAUUGCAGAUCUGCUUCAGCUGAGACAGUUGAUUGACCUGGUGAUUCCCCGUUGCUCAGAAGAACUUGCUAACCGCAUCAGUCAGCUAAGCCAGGGGAUCCCUGUGUUGGGCUACAGUGCAGGUGUUUGUCAUGUGUACGUUGACAAAGAUGCUGACCCAGAGAUGGCACUCCACAUUGUGAAGGAUGCCAAGUGUGACUAUCCUGCUGCCUGUAACAGCAUGGAGUCUUUGCUUAUCCACAAGUCCCACAGGGAGGGUAAACUCUUUGAUAGAUUGUGUGAGAUGCUCAAACAUCAAGGG